AUGCGUCUUAACUAUGACUACUAUCAAAUGUCGAAUCUGUCGCAACCCGAUUCGCAAAGAGGAGGAGAACUAACUUUUAAUGCCGGCCCAAUGAACCUUGACGGCAUUUUCUUGGCUGGGGAGGAGAACUCCGUGAGUAACCAUUGCUCGAAAAAAAUGAAAAACAGUUUCUAGGAAAACUAUAUUUUUGUGGACCAACAAAACUUAUUAAACGAGUCGAACAAGGAGGAGCCCGAUCACAUACUCGAUGGGUACGAGUUCAUUGUGGACCGGAUAUUGGUUUUUCUGAGCUUUGAGAAAAUUAAAAUGAAUAUUGUUACAGUACAUUGGUCGCAGUUUUUACUCUAAUGACAUUGGAACGGAUAUUGCAUCUGUUUUGGCUUUGCUACGAACACACGAAGGAUUGGAGCAAAACCUGGCUCUUUCUCUAAAAUUGUUAAAUACAUUGAACGAAAGAGCCAGGCGCCUCAGUCCUUCACAGCCUGGAGACUCGAACGGAAUUAUCGACCUUCAGCGGGAUAUCCAGCGGCAUGCGGAAAGGAUCCUCAGCAAAGCGAACGACCGCAAGAUUAAGCUUGGGGAGGCUCUGGAGUUCCACCACUUUCAUUCCGACUACCUUUCAUGGACUCUUUGGACUUCUUCAAUGCAAAAAAUCGUGACCGGAAACGAUUUCGCAUAUGGUUUAGAAGAAAUUGAAGGUAUCAUCAAGCGUCACCAGAAGAUUAAGUAUGGCUAUGUCACCAAAUUUUCAAUAAAAUAUUUUUUAGAGCCGAAAUGGAGGACCGUGCCUCCACCUGCCUCGCUUUUAAGCAGUUUGGUCAACGGCUUUUGGACAGCCGCAACUACGCCUCUGGGGACAUCGUCCACCUUCUAGGAAAUGUUUUUUAUAUCCAGCAAAAUUCAAAAUUGUUGUGUUUGAAUUUCCAGAUUACGCAGGCGCAGAAAGAUUUGGAAGAAGCUUGGGAAACACGCCGCAACAGUCUCUGCCUUUGGCGUGAGAUCUUGAGAAGCGAAAAUCAGCCCGAUUCAGACGAUGGACUUCUCGCGCUGGUCCACACAAAAUCGCCCUCGCCAACAAAAACGUUCAAAGGUGAUUUUCCUACUCUUCUCUCGAAACCCCGCUUUUUUUCUUAUAGUUUGUGACAUGCAUCCCUCAACUUUAAUAAUCAAGUAUAUAUACACAUCCUUCAACUUUGCUAUAUUUUCUUUUUUGAAGCUUUCCCGGUUAGAGAUUGUUCACCGACUAUCCUGCUCCCGUUUUAUCAUCCUUUUCGAACUUAAAUGAAUCUUUCUGAAUUAUUAUGUAAAUAGAAUUCUGCGAUUUCAUAAGAGAAAACGUUAUCCGACUUUUAAAAUUAUCUUUGUUCAUUUUGGUAGAAACUGUGUUUGGAAAAAUCGAUAUAAUUGAAAUAGUACAUUUUUAUUCUUAAUGCGAUCGCAAAGAUUGUGGGAGCAGUUCUGAGAUUCUAUGAAAAAAACAUUGAAGUUUAAGUUUCUGUAUAACUUUCAAUUUUUGUAAAGUUUUUAAUAGGUGAAGUAUCAAAGUUCCGUGAGUAUCUUUCCCUGAGAUAACACUGUGGGAAAAAGGUUGGUUUUCAAAAAGUGCGGCUCUGCGAAAGCGAUUUGUGUGCUCGCGGAUCUGAGCCCCACACACACAGCACAGCGGAGCCCACGCAAUCGUCUGUUGCCACGAAUAUAUUUGAUAAGUAGCGAAAUAUGAUGAAGAAAGAUGCCGAUCCGUCCAGAUCUUGUUUGUUUUCUACACCUACCCGACUCACCGUCGGCAAAAUUUUUUCUCUUCAAGUUUUUGAAGAAGACUCUUCUCUAUCUUUGAGCAGUUGUAAUGAGGUCAUUAAAAAUGAUUAGUUCGUAAGAAUGCAUUCUAACCUCUUCGAAGUGUUUUAUUGUUUUGAGGUUGAGUUCUGAGGUUUAAAAAUUUUUUUUCACAUAUAAAAAUUUCGGUACUUUUUUUGUCGUGGGAUUGAUGGAGAAAAAUACAGAAAAAAAUCGGAAAUUUUUUUCAGUUUUGAUCCAAAAAACUCCUUUUUCAAAUAAUUUUCAAGACUUUCCGUCUACUGUUUUUUUCGUCAGCUAUGUUCUUUCUUGAGUUUUACAUUUUUUGAUUGCAAUUUUUUGCUUUUCGCUUCGCAGCAUGAAUUUUCAUGAAUACUCAAGUAACUAUUAUCUUUGAAAAAAACGCAGAGGUUCUCGAAUAAUUUUUCUAAUUAAAAAGAAAAAAAUCUAUGAAAUGAUCCAGAUUCGAGUUUUCUUCCAGCUAAUCUACUUUUUUUAAUAAGCAUAUUUCUUUUUUUCACAUCUCCUUCCUCUAGAAUAUUUCACCUUGACUGCAAAUAAAAAAAGCUUCUCAAAGCCGUGAUUUGAUAAAUAGUUGUACAAAACUUAAUGGCGGAGGAAAAACAUCCGAGCAGUACACUUGGCGCCGAUGUUCCGGACCUUCGUUCUCUUUACAACCACGUUCGGCUUCCUGCCGGCUUCCUCACUGUUAGAGCCACCUCCAAACAUCAUGCCGAGCAUUUGACGCGCCUCGGCAGCCUCGUUGCUCGUGAUUUUUUUUUGGCUCUUUUUCGGAUUUUAUCCCUCUUUUGAACUGUACAAUCUUCAUCAAAAUUCUUUCUUGUUUUUAAAAACUUCUAAUGAGCCUUAGCUACCAGAGUAGUUUUUAAUCACAGCUUAUAUCUGAAAUCUUUGAAAUUCUCUUCAUAAGUACCUUUGCCAAAAAUUCAAACUUCGAAGAAGUCUUUUAGAAAAAUCAAGUUACCAACGGCUGGAGCUUGAUUUACCCUUGAUACCAUCAUCUGUCGGUUUUCCUAAAAUUCUCAGAGCCUAUCCAGAUUUUUGGAAGAAACCAACUCACGCUGAGAAAUAUAUUUUCCUGCUCUUGCUUUGAAAGACUUCUGAGUUAUUGCCUGCAGUCUUUCAAAAAAUGAAAAAUACAAAUUGGAUCAACUAAUUCUUCGAUUACUUUUUUUCACAUUGGAAGUAUUUUCGCGCUAUUUCGCUCACCAUUAUUUUUACAACCAACUACGAACUUUUUUUCAGAAUGGCUUGGCUCCCCCUGACCAGCCUUGCGCUGGUUCUAGCCGUCGCUUGGGCCGGAAUCUCGAAAAAUGAAGACCUCGAGUGCAUGUUCCUCGGAUACCCCGAUCUUGAGUACGAUGGAUUUGACAGAACCGAGGUGAAAGAUAUUUUCCUUUGUCAAUCAAUAGAGACUUUUUUAGGUUCUCUCUGAAAAGAACUUCAACAAAACCAUCUUCGCCGAAGACAGCAAGUCCGUCGUGUUUUUCAACGAUGUCGAAGAAGAUGAUUCAGAAUUGGACCAAUAUGAAUGCUUCUUGCAGGUUUGAAUGGAAAAAAAAAGUCUUGAUGGAAUUGAACUUAAGCUUUCUGCUCAAAUCAUGACCAAGCGUGGGUACAACUUUUACACUGUCAACACCACCAAGGAACAGAAACUUCGCAGACAAGAAGGUUUUGUUGGGGAUUCUUUACGAUAUGAAGUUUGAAAAGCCUUUGAUUUCCUCGGAAUUCAUUCUCCAUGGGUUCAAAAAUGAGGAAACUGCAAAAACUUUUUGUUGAAUAAACAUUUAAACAAUUGCAAAACUAAUUUCAGGGACUUAUAUGUAGAGUGAAAUGCUUUGUAGGCCAUAAAAACCAUCAAAAAAAAAAUCUUAAUGGUUUGACUUGGUUCGAUUUAGGAAUUUUGAGAAGAGUUAACUCGUUAUCAUUCCAAAAAAAAACAGAAAUUUUUGUUCUGCAGCUAUGAAAGCUUUUCCAACUUCUUAUCUUCAAUUUUUCAUGAGUAUUUACUAGUUGAUUGUCUGCUUUUGAGCGCAGGAAAUUUUUUUAUCGAUGUGGCUUUCAGCUUUUCAACGUGUGAGCCCCAUAGAUUUUGCCAGCUGUAACAAUGUGGAGAGCUAAAGAAAUCAGAAAAUAUAAAGAUGUCUGCUAACACAAGUGACGGCUGGCACGAGCCGCUUGGGAAGAAACUCGAUCAAUCGAUAAGAGUUCAGAGGUCGAGAAGGGCGAAGAUACGAUUCACGUAUACAAGGAUGGCUACAAGAUUGAGUACAAUGGAGUUAGGGAUCCAGAAACUUUCGUCAGCUGGCUGAUGGAUGUGAGUUUCAAAUGACAUAUUGAUCGAUUGAAACGGAAAUUUGAAACAGCUAUACUUCAUUCUUUGAUAAACAUGGCUUGAACCUCCAGAACGCUUCAAAAGGGUUUUACGAUAAAAAUUAUUCCUGCGAACCGAAAUACCCGGCAAAUGGAAAACCACGAUGUCUUUCUUCUGGUACAGGAGAAUCUUCGGCUUAUCCUUAGAAUAUCUGGAAUGAACAAAACAACACUUCGUGUCAGCUAGACGUUUGGAUUAGAUAAAAUUUUGACAUUUCAGUUUUUUUAUGAACUUUUUCAAUCUCAUUUUGCAGAUCCCUGAUGACCCGGUAACCAUCAUCAAUGAUGAGCAUGACCUCGAAGAGUUCGAAGACCUCGACGACGAAUGCGUCCGCAUUAUUGGUUAUUUUGAGCCAGGAUCUGUUGGUAUACUUCUUUAAUCAAAUAAAAUCCGAUCAUCGGAACUUUCAGCCCUGAAAGAAUUUGAAGAAGCCGCGGAAGACUUCAUGGGUGAAAUUGAGUUCUUCGCUGUGGUGACGUCGAAGGUAUGAGCGAAGGUUAUUGCAGGAAAUUCAUCAAUUUUUUAGUGGGCCCGCAAGGUUGGACUCAAGCGAGUUGGAGAAGUUCAAAUGCGCAGACCGUUCGAAGAAGAUCCACUUUUUGCGCCGACCUCCGCCGAUACCGGUUCCUUGAACUUCAAAAAUCAUUUUGACUGAGAAAAACUUUUAGAAGAAGAGUUUGAAGAGUGGGUUGAGAAACACCGUGAGCCUGUCAUGGCUAAGCUCACUUUGGACAACUACUUCAACGUUUGGGUUAGCUAUUAAUUUUUAGUUGAGUAGCAGAAAACGGAGUUUUUAGAGGGAUCCAGAAGAAGAAGAAAAGAUGAUCUUGGCUUUCGUUGACGAAGAGACACGCGAAGGACGAGCCAUGAAGAAAUUGUUGGACAAGAUUGCCGAUGAGAACUCUGAACACGCGGGAACCCUUGAAAUCGUCUUGAUUGACCCUGGUGAGCAGAAAUAUGAGUUUUGAAUGGAUGAAACUAACAUUUCCAGAUGAGUUCCCCCUGAUGGUUGACGUGUGGGAAGAUAUGUUCGGAAUCGACAUCGAAGAAGGACCUCAGAUCGGUCUUGUCGACAUUUCUGAAGUGAGCAGAAAUGAUGAAAUAAGCUAUUCGAAAAAGGGACUUGAACUAGACAAAAGCUCAAAGAUCGUUUUAUUAAAAAUUGAAGAAUAACAAGAAGAAAAAAACGAUUUUUUUUCAAAGAAAGCAAUAUUAACUGAUUUUUCUAGUUCAAGAAUCUGUUGUUAAGUUCAUGGAGUCUUGAUAAAAAUUAUGGCUUCUGAAGUAGGAAGGGAUAACAAUUAAACAUUGAUCCGCUCCGUUUGCGGUCUUUUACUGUCCAAAAAAACAAAAAAACAAAAAAAAAUUGUUAAAAAUAGUAAUUUCGAUCAAGAAAAAAAAAAAGAUAAAUCCACACUUUUGAUUUAAUUCUCUUUGACUCGAUUGAUAAAAUACUCUUGAUAUAUUUCAGCGCGAGGGAAUCUGGUUCGACAUCUCUCAAGUGAAUCUCGACGACCCAAAGAAGCAUUCCGACUCCAACUUUGAAGCUCUCCAGUCUUGGAUCGAUCAGAUUCUCAGUGGUUCUAUCUCUUUGGAUGGUACUAUUCGGACUUUUUCGAAGAAUCGGAAACUCAAAUUUAAGAUGACGAUGAUGACAACGAGCCUGAACCGCCAGCGCCGCCCCCGCCGACCAAGGGCAAGCGCUCGAAGAAGGAAUUGUGA